UUCAAAAUUAUAAAUAUGUUUUACUACGUUUUGAGUGUGUUUUUCUUUUCUACGAUUCUCGCAGAGGAUAUUAUUACCAAUUAUCAUGAAGCUGUGGGUAUUCAUGAGGCUUUGAGGAUUAAAACUGCUGAAGAGUCUAUGGACUUUGAUGGAGCUAGGAUAAUUGGAGGUAGUGCUUCAUCACUGGGAGCUCAUCCUUAUAUGGGUGGACUGGUGGUUCUUCUAACAAAUGGCCAACAGUCAGUGUGCGGGUCAACCCUGAUAUCCAACACCAGAUUGGUAACUGCUGCUCAUUGCUGGAGAGACCAGACAACCUCAGCCCGGCAGUUUACUGUGGUUCUGGCCUCAGUUCGAUUGUUCUCUGGUGGUGUCAGGAUUGUAACCACCAGAGUAAUUCUUCAUCCUUUUUAUAAUACCCAGAAUUAUAAUUAUGAUGUUGCUGUUAUUACGAUAAAUCAUGUGGCGUAUACAAGUAACAUUCAAGCCCUGAGGCUGGCAACUGGCUCUGCAACUUAUGUCAAUAAUUGGCCCACGGCUGUUGGCUUCGGAAUGACAAGUGACGCCCAAGUCGGAGUGCCAACCGACACAGUGUUGAGGCAAGUCAACCUUCAGGUGAUCACCAACGCAGCUUGCCGGAACUACUACGGCUGGAACAUUGUACUGGAUUCCACUCUGUGUACUGACGGUGGAAGAGGAACUGGCAUAUGCGGUGGAGAUUCUGGUGGUCCACUUGUGCUAAACAUUAUAGGUUUUGGGAAUACCUUGAUUGGUAUCAGCUCGUUCGGAUCAAUUCGUGGAUGCCAAGUUGGAGCUCCCUCGGGUUUCGUCAGAGUUGCACUUGUCAACAGCUGGAUUCGCCAACAAAUGUAGUUAUAUGAAUAUAGCAACGUUUAAUAUUGUAUCAUUAAUGUAGUAAAUAAUUUUUUUAAGUAUA